AUGGUUGACAAUAUCAAGGACACCGCAGUCAUAGUGCUGGGCUGUGUGGACAAGUUGGCCUCCUUCGCCUCCUCCAUCCACCCAAUGUUUACCGUCGUCUCUUCUGUGGUUCGUGUAGCCAGAAAGGGCCUAAUGAAAAAAGGGCCCAAUCCUCUGGAUAAGGACUUCCAAGAAAUCCACGACAAGCUGGAGAGCAUCUCCAAGAAAAACCAUGAAGCCCUAAAUACUAUCAGAAUAAAUGAGGUGAAUGAAACUUACGGCAAGUAUGAAGAGUACAUCAAGUACCAGUACGAUGCUUUCAUCACCAUGAUGGCAGAGGUGAACAAAAACCCAGACAACAGCGAGGUGUACAUGGAGACCUUUAAAAAUACUUAUGAAAAGACCAAGUUGGAUAUGGGCCUGGAUGUUUUCUACCGCGGUGUGAUCGGCACAGACACGGUGUUUGCAAGACCCCUGCUGGAUGUGUAUUUUGAGAACUGUGAUGGAGACCGUGAAAUCAUGGAGCGCCGCUGCUCUCACAUCGCACACCUCUUCCACAUUGGCCUCAUCGCGCUGAUAGGGUACAAUGCUGUUGUUGACGAUGAAGAUGGGGUGCGCGAGAAGUGGAGCGACAAGAUGAGCGAAAUCCAGAAUAAGAUGGAGGAGGUUCUCAGCAAGUGUAAAAACAAGUAA